UCUCGAAGGGGAGCGCAGGAGACGAAAAUGAGACCCAGCGAUCGCUCCGUCGCUAUCUGGACGCGUUAUUGUGAUAUACAGGCUGACCGCGGUUAUAAAAUAAUCUGAAUACAUGCACACUUUAUUAGGAAGAAUGAACACGAUGUGUCAAAGAAUGAAACCCCCUCCUCUCCCACUGUGGUUGUAGACAGCACCAUGCUGGAUAAAGCCAGUGAUAAAGGCCAGCAGACUGGGCGCUGCUCAGACUGUGGGUGCACUUUCAGCCUACCACAGCCUGACUCUGACCCAGAGUCAGCCAACACGUCAGCCUCUCCUGACCAGCAGCAUGUGCACAAGGCAGACAGUCCUUCUAAAUGUCCAUCCUGCCAGGCGGGCAGCAGCCUCCCGAAUGGUCGGCGUCCACACCGGCGCAUCCGCCUGGACCCUCACAGCUGCAGCCUGUGCACCAAAACCUUCAUCUCCUCCGCGCACCUGACCCUCCACCUCGCCUCUCACAACAAGGAGAGGAAGUUCAGAUGCAGCACCUGUGGCAAGUACUUCCAUCAGUCGUCCCACCUGAUGGCGCACAAGAUAAUCCACAGCGGGGACAGGCCAUUUAAAUGCCCAGAGUGUGGCAAGACUUUCGGCCGCGCCUCACAUCUCAAGACCCACCGCCGGCUCCACACAGGCGAGAAGCCCUUCAAGUGCACCUACUGCGACAAGUCGUUCACACAGAAGGCCGGGCUCCUGGCACAUGUUCGUCUGCACACAGGGGAACGGCCAUACAAGUGUGAGCAGUGUGGUGAGGGUUUUCGCUCUUUGUCACUCCUGCUCUCUCAUAAGGCUGCAGAGGCUUCUGGGCAGGCCAAACCAGUGUCAGUACCAGCACUCAACCACCCCCAGAAGACACAAAGUAGCCCCGAGGAUCUCAAGUGUGGCGUCUGCUGCCGCACCUUUGUACGAUCGUCAUACAUCAGGCUGCACAUCCGCCUCAACAAAGGACAGAGGCCUUAUCACUGCAAAGUGUGCAACAAGACUUUUGUCAAGCUGGAUACGUUUGUGAACCACUGUGAUAAACACCUGAGGCAGAAAAGGGAUAAAAGCAAGGAGGUGAAAGACAAAGUUGUUAAACCUCCCCUGUUUGUCCCACUCUCCAGCCCUCCUUCUCCUGAGUCCUCACCCACUCAGCCUUUAUCCUCAGAGGUCAACACACGCUCCAGAGCAAAAGCAAAGAGUAAAACGGAGCCAUGACUAAAAGGAGUUCGUCCACUGUCACGACACAGUUCUGCCACAGCACAGAAGAACACAUGCAGAGCAGCAGUGUGGCGUUUAAUGUCCUUUUCAAAUCUCACCUGCCACCAGAAGAACAAACUAAAAGUUACGGUCUCAUUUUAAAUUAAGGUGCACAUAUUCACCAUUAACUAGUUGCUUGUUAGCAUAUAUAUUAGUAGCAUAUUGACUCUUUAUUAGUCAAAAUAAAGCACUUAUUGAAGCCUUAUUCUGUUGGUUAGGCUUAGGGUAAUAACAUUUAAUAAUUUCCUUACUAUCAAUAAGCAGUAAUGAGGUUAUUGACAGAAAACUCUGUUAAUGGUCUUUUAACUGCAUAAAGGAAGAGCUUUAUAAUGACAUAAAAAUCCAUUAUGCUUCUGAUAUGCAUGCUAAUAAGAAAUUACUUAAUUGUGAAUAUGUGUACCUUAAUAUAAAGUGUUAACAAAAUUCCAUUUGCAAAUUAUCAGACAUAGGGACAAAGUCCCAAAAUACUGUUGUGUGAUUUAUAUAUUGUAUCAACAUGAGUUUACUAAUUGUACAGUUAUUUAAUUAAUUUUAUUGUUGUUGAUUAUCUUUGUUAAGUUUGACAAUGUUGUUUUUAAGGCAUAUUUUAGCUGUCAAAGCUAAUAAACAUUUGUAACUAACAUUUCAGUGGCGUAUAUUGCUCAAUCUAAUCUUUGAAUAUGGGGAAAAGUAUAGUACCGCUAACCAUUAUAAGUCAUGGUUAAUCUGUUGCUCUCUUAAAACCAUACAAGCCUGCUGGCAUGUGUAGCACUCAUAGGAAGUACAAACAAUGUAAAUGAAAUGGCUAUUGUAAAACAAUAUGCACAUGGAGUAAAAAUAAACAUAAAAGCUUAAUGUGGAGGACUGGACUCUUACUUUGUUGCACCUUGAGGCCACAAAUAUC